AUGUGGAAAGCAAUUUUCGGCAUUCGGAAAAAGUCCAAGGGGGAAAGCGCCAAGGAGCCCAGCUUUAAGGAGCACGAAUUCAGUGUACCUGAUGGCUUUGAAUAUCUUCAAUGGGGUCGCAUCGAUUCUUGGCGGCAGUCGGGAGGGGCUGAUGCCGACGGUUCCAACCUGCUAGCCCUUCUUGCUAAAGAAACUGAACUUCGCGAGACCUCUCAAUCAAAAGUCCGUGGGUAUGUAUUUAAUGCCGAAGAAAGGAUCAUAGAAAGGAUGAGAUUUACUCUGGAAGUCGAUGAUCCAAACGACAACACGUUGGACUAUGCGUUCAAGCUCAAAAUGUGUCACCUCUUUAGUCUUGAGAUAUCUGUAGUGACCGACUCGAACUCGGAUGGGCCGCCACCAUAUACUUCAGGUGGAUCCGAGUCCGGGUGA